AUGCUGGUUUACAUCUCUAUUAAUGCAGGCAGACGUGCAAGGGCAAUAUUACAACUUAGAAGACGACUAGGAUGGGAAGCGCACCGGCACAAAUUCCGACCAGCUUUGGCCAUGAACUUAGGGCUUGUCUUCGUUGCCGCCUCGUUAAAACCUACGAUCAGUUCAGAGAGUCCGGGUGCGAGAAUUGUCCCUUCUUUAAGAUGGAUGAAGAUCAUGAGCGUGUCGUUGAUUGCACCACUCCUAAUUUCAAUGGGAUAAUUUCAGUCAUGGACCCAAGUAGAAGCUGGGCCGCUCGCUGGUUGAGAAUCGGACGAUUUGUUCCUGGUUGUUACACUCUUGCUGUCUCAGAGGCACUGCCAGAGGACUUGCAGAAUCUAUGUGAAGAUGAACGAGUCCAAUACAUUCCACCAAAACGUGUGUAAGUGACCAUUUGGCAUAGUUUUGCCCCUCAUGUUUCAAGGUCUCAAGAAGAACGUGUACAACUUUGUGAGACAUGGUUGUGCAAACUGAAUGCCUAUAGGGUAUCUUUGCGUAAGGCUUGUCUGGUUACUAAUGGAUACUUGUAAGACAGAUCCUAAAUAUGUCUAGUGUUGAAGCUUGAGAUUUGACAGGA